CAAAAAUGGGAUCUCGACAAUUAGAACUGAAUAUUGUCUCAGCCAAAGGCCUCAAAGACAUCGGAAUAUUCUCCAAGAUGGACGUCUAUGUAGCUGUAACCAUCAACGGUGAUCCUUGUACCGAACAAAAAACACCCGUUGAUGAAGACGGCGGCUCGAGUCCUAAGUGGUCCCAUCCCAUGAAAUUCGUCAUAGAAGAAUCUAUGCCCAAGGGAAACCACCUUAACCUCUUCUUCCGCCUCCGCCACGAACGUGUUCAUUUCGGAGACAAGGAUGUCGGAGAAGUCCAUGUUUCGGUUAAGGAACUCCUAGAUAAAAGUUCAAUCGGAGACAACGUUAAUGCCAUCUUGGCCGAAUUUCCAGUCCGAUCAACCUCCGGUAAGCAAAAGGGGAAAUUAAAAUUCUCAUACAAAUUCGGGCCUAGUUACCCGGUUCGUGACAUUCCCGUUUUCGGUCUCUAUCCGACCAGUGUGACAAACCCAUAUCAUCCUUCCAGGCCUCUUUGUCCCCCAGGGUACCAUGCUGUUCCCGGCCCCCUAUACCCUAGUCCUCCUCCAGUGUACCCUACUGCUUUAGGGCCUCUUUCACCGCCGCCAACAGGAUUACAUAGUCCUCCUGCAGGGUACCCUACAACUUCCCCUGGUGCUCCGGUAAGAUACCCUGAUAAUCCCGGACCCCUUGCUCCGCCACCAACAGGAUACCCUAGUCCGCCUGUAGGGUACCCUACUACUUCCUCUGGUGCUCCGGAAAGAUACCCUGAUAUUCCUGGUCCCCUUGCUCCGUCACCAACAGGAUACCCUAGUCCUCUCGCAUGGGACCCUACUACUUCCCCUGAUGCUCCAGCAAGAUACCCUGAUAUUCCCGGGCCCCUUGCUCCGCCACUAACAAGGUACCCAUCUCCAGGGUCUUAUCGACAUCCGCCAGCAAGGUACCUGCAGCCCGGUCCGGGUAUAUCAAGGACAGAGUCGUACUCCUAUCCGGCACAAGGAUCAUAUGGCCGCUACCCUCCAUACGGGGGAUAUCCGAGUGCACCUCCGUUGGGGUAUCCUAAUCAAGGGAAACCGAAAAAAUAA